AUGGUAGAGGCCGCUACGGUGGCCGAAAGGGAGCAAUGGUCCUCAUGGGCCGAUUUUAUAAUGAGUUGUAUCGGUUACGCCAUUGGUCUUGGCAACGUCUGGCGUUUCCCAUAUCUCUGUUAUCAAAAUGGAGGAGGCGCCUUCCUCAUUCCGUACUGCAUCUCGUUGGUCUUCUGUGGAGCACCUCUCUUUAUUCUGGAAACAUCAUGGGGACAGCUUCUAUCUGUUGGUGGAUUGGGAAUGUUCAAAAUUUGCCCAAUCUUCAAAGGAGUCGGAAUCGCAGCAGCAGUCAUGGCAUUCUGGUUGAACAUUUAUUACAUUGUUGUCCUCUCCUGGGCAGCCACUUACUUGUACAAUUCUUUCACAAUGACUGAUGUCCCAUGGAAAAACUGCGACCACUCGUGGAACACUCCAAACUGCCGAUCCGAAUACGUCAAGAUUCCAUGUGAUAGUAACCGAACAAUCGCUGAAUUCUUCAAUGUCAAAGUUUUGACCCAUGAUCAUAUUCAUGAGUACAAAAAGCAAUUUUUCGUUGGAGACAAAAUCAAUUGGACUGUCUGUUCUACUGCGGAUCUUUCUGUUGUCUCUCCGGUAAAAGAGUUCUGGAAUCAUCGUGUUCUUGGAAUCUCCGCUGGGCUGGAACAUCCUGGAGGAAUUCGUUGGGAUCUCGCUUUCUUCCUUCUCAUUGUUUGGAUUAUUUGCUAUCUGUGCAUUUUCAAAGGAGUCAAAUGGACUGGAAAAGUUGUAUACCUUACUGCCUCAUUCCCUUAUAUGAUGCUCUUCUGUCUACUCAUUCGUGGAUUGACUCUAGAAGGAGCUGGUGUUGGACUGGAAUUCUACCUAAAACCGGAUUUUAGUAAACUGCUAGAAUCUAAAGUUUGGGUUGAUGCUGUAACUCAAGUCUUCUUCUCUUAUGGUCUUGGUCUCGGAGCAUUGGUUGCACUUGGAAGUUAUAAUAAGUUCAAUAACAAUGUCUACAAACAAGCUCUCACCGUCUGCUUUGUCAACAGUGGAACCUCUGUUUUUGCCGGAUUCGUAAUUUUCUCAUUCAUUGGUUUCAUGGCCACUCAACAAGAAAAAAGUGUUGCUGAAGUCGCUCAAGCUGGUCCCGGUCUUCUCUUCCUUGCUUAUCCAUCUGGAAUUCUUCAACUUCCUUACACUCAGUUCUGGUCUUGUCUCUUUUUCCUGAUGGUUCUUUUCCUUGGAGUCGACUCUCAAUUCUGCACAAUGGAAGGAUUCUUCACCGCAAUCAUCGACGAGUUCCCUCAAAUUCGUCAGAAAAAAUACGGUCGAGAGAUAUUCGUCGGAGUGAUCUGUAUUAUUUCAUACCUGAUUGGGUUGACUACUGUAACUGAAGGUGGAUUCUACGUUUUCCAACUAUUCGACUUCUACGCUGCUUCCGGAUGGGCUCUUCUUUGGCUUUUAUUCUUCGAAUGUAUCGCUAUUUCUUGGAGUUUGGGAAUCGAUCGUUGGUAUGAACACAUGAAGAGUAUGAUUGGGUAUUAUCCAAGUGGGUGGUGGAAAUUCUGCUGGGUGUUCGCUACCCCAGCUGUUUGCUUCGGAGUUCUCUUGUUCGGAUUGAUCAAAUACCAACCACUUCGUAUUGACGCCUACAAUUACGACUACCCAGUCUGGGGACAUGUCUUCGGAUGGUUCUUGUCUCUCUCAUCUAUGCUUUGCAUUCCUGGAUACGCCAUUUGGAUUUGGUUCAGAACACCUGGAACUGUUCAAGAGAAAAUCAAACUGCUUUGCCGACCAGAUAUUGAGAUAAAGGGUGCCAUGGAAAACGCGGAGAACUUGGAAAUGGCUGAUUAUACUCAUCAAGCUUAG